CACUCACCAAUCGUCCGGCUCAUCGUCGUCUUCAAUCUCUACCUCUCGCGGUGUGUUUGUCUCUGAUUCCUUUGCGGUCGAUGCUGGUGCUUCGCCAUCCGGUCGUGAGGCCUGGGCUCCCAUCGUGCCUAUAAGCGACUUCUGCGUGGCGAGGUGUGCAAGGUGGAAAUUUGUCACGCGUCCGCGGCAGUUGUUGAACCUUCCAAGUUUCAUCCCACUCGCCACGCAAACCUGGGGCACAGUCACACCCCCCAGCGAUCAUGACUUCUAGGAAACUCAACGUGCUCGUCUACACAGGCACCGGCACGACUUCGGAGUCGGUCCGGCAAUGCGUCUUCUCCCUCCGUCGCCUUCUCUCUCCAAACUACGCCGUCAUCCCCAUCAAUGAGACUGUCAUCCUCAAGGAACCAUGGGCGCCGACGUGCGCACUGCUCGUCAUCCCCGGCGGCGCGGACCUGGGCUACUGCCGCGUGCUGAACGGCGAAGGCAACCGGCGCAUCGCCGAUUACGUCCGUCGAGGAGGCGCAUACCUCGGCCUGUGCGCCGGCGGCUACUACGGCAGCGCACGCUGUGAGUUCGAGGUGGGGAACAAGCCCCUCGAGGUCAUCGGCAGCCGGGAGCUGGCCUUCUUCCCCGGUACCUGUCGUGGCGGCGCUUUCAAGGGGUUCGAAUACCAGAGCGAGAGGGGCGCGCGCGCAGCUGUGCUCAAGGUCGCGACAGGAGCAUUCAAGGAACAGGUCCCUCAGCGGUUCGUGUCGUACUACAACGGUGGAGGCGUGUUCGUAGACGCGGCCAGCGUCAAGAGUCGCAAAGUUGAGGUCCUCGCGUCUUAUGACGAAGAAAUCGAUGUCGAUGGCGGGGAUGGCAAGGCCGCCGUGGUGCUCUGCCAUGUCGGCGAUGGCAAGGCCCUACUUACGGGGCCGCAUCCGGAAUUCGCGCCGGCCAACCUCUACCCACAGCCCGACAUUCCUGGCUAUGACGAAUUGAUACGUAAGCUGGCUGAAGACGACCAAAAUCGUGUCCAAUUCCUCAAAGCAUGUCUUGCCACGGUCGGCCUAGAGGUAAGCUUAGAGGUGGCGACGUUGCCACCGUUAUCGCGCCUCCAUCUCACAGCUGUCGACAACACCAAGGUGAGCGAGAUACUCUACAGCUGGGACGAUGUCCUGGCAAAGGAAAAUGGUCAGGAGCUCGUCAAGGGCGAAGCAGACACUUUUCAUAUUCAAAGCGAUGAGGAUGACCUCCCAGUCGAAGAUCUUCGCCAAUCACUCCCAAAAGACGGGAGCGCAGACGGCAUUAUCGACUAUUCGACUGUCACCAAGACAAUCGUUGCUCAUGAAAAGGCCCUACCGAGCCACGAAGUAACGCCUCACUUCAAUCACAAGCUCUACUACUCAAGUCUCAGGCGAUUCCAAGCGGUAGAAGAUGCCGAAGAAUGGGGAAACAUUCUCCUUUACGGUGACGUUGUGACGAGCACAAACUCUCUCCUUGAGAAGAACCCGAAACUCAUCUCCAAGUUGCCCACGGGCUUCACCUUUUCCGCAUCCACGCAGGUCGCCGGCCGCGGCAGAGGGACCAACGUCUGGCUCGCGCCACCAGGCGCACUCCUAUUCUCAACCAUCAUCAACCACCCGGCCCAUCUCGCCGUUUCUCGUCCUGUCGUUUUCAUACAAUACAUUGCUGCCAUUGCCAUCGUUGAGGCCAUCCAGUCACUCGAUGUCGAAUACACAAACUUACCCGUCAAGCUCAAAUGGCCCAACGACAUUUAUGCUCUUGACCCGACGAAACCGGCGUCCUCGAAGCAGUACGUCAAAAUCGGCGGCAUCCUCUCCCAGUGUGGCUACUUCGACGGCGCGUACCAGAUCGUACUCGGCAUCGGAAUCAAUGCCAUCAACCCUCGCCCCACGACAUCCAUCUCCGAUCUCCUCCCCGCGGGAACCGCCCCACCGCGUCUCGAGGCCCUGCUGGCGCGCAUUUUGACUCGCCUCGAGGCCAUCUAUGCACAGUUCCGCCGUGAGGGGUUCUCGGAGGAUCUGGAGAGGCGGUACUAUCGGCACUGGUUGCACACGGGCCAGGCUGUAUCACUCGAAGCCGAAGGGGGUGUCAGGGCGCGCGUGCUGGGCAUCACGCGCGAUUGGGGCAUGCUGCGGGUGGAGGAGACGGACAGGGAAGGGCGAGGGACGGGCAAAAUCUGGAGCCUGCAGAGCGACGAGAACAGCUUCGAUUUUUGGAAGGGUCUGGUCAGGCGCAAGGAAUAGUGUCACCGAUGUGCGCGGCACGGUGCAGCCGAUGUUCUCGCAUAUCGUAUUUGCAUUGCAGGAGUGGUGCAGGAAGAGCGCAGUGUGCCUGGAGGAACGCGUCUUAGCCAAAGCGAGGCGCGUCUUUAGCCCCCACUCCGUAAAUCGGACACUCAAGCAAUACGACUACCCUAUAUUAUCAGCUCU